GCUGAAUCAGGAAUAAUAAAAGUGAAAACAAUAGCUGCACGUAACACUGAUAUUUUGGCAGCAUUAAAAGAGAACAGCUCAGAGGUAGUUCAGCCUUUUCUAAUGGGUUGUGGAACAAAGGAACCAAAGAUCACUCAGCUGUGUCUAGCAGCCAUACAGAGGCUCAUGUCCCAUGAAGUUGUCUCAGAGGCUGCAGCAGGAAACAUUAUUAAUAUGCUUUGGCAACUGAUGGAAAAUAGUCUUGAAGAACUUAAAUUGCUCCAGACAGUUCUUGUACUUUUAACAACCAAUACAGUUGUGCAUGAUGAAGCACUGUCCAAGGCAAUUGUACUUUGUUUUCGAUUGCAUUUCACAAAAGAUAAUAUCACAAAUAACACUGCGGCAGCUACAGUGAGGCAGGUAGUUACUGUUGUCUUUGAGAGGGUGGUUGCUGAAGAUGAACGAUACAAAGAUACUAUUGACCAGCCAGUUGCAGUUCAAGGAAAUAGUAACAGAAGAUCUGUCAGUACACUGAAGCCAUGUGCUAAGGAUGCAUAUAUGCUUUUUCAGGAUCUUUGUCAGUUAGUUAAUGCUGAUGCUCCCUACUGGCUCGUGGGUAUGACAGAAAUGACCCGGACAUUUGGCCUUGAACUUCUUGAGUCAGUCCUCAAUGACUUUCCACAGGUGUUUUUACAACAUCAGGAAUUCAGUUUUCUUCUUAAAGAAAGAGUAUGCCCUCUUGUUAUAAAGCUCUUUUCCCCAAAUAUCAAAUUCAGGCAAGGUUCCAGCACGUCAUCUUCCCCAGCACCAGUAGAAAAACCGUACUUCCCCAUCUGUAUGCGUUUGCUGAGAGUAGUUUCUGUUUUGAUUAAGCAGUUUUACAGUUUGCUGGUAACAGAAUGUGAAAUCUUUCUGUCAUUGCUGGUUAAAUUUCUGGAUGCAGACAAACCACAGUGGCUGAGAGCUGUUGCAGUAGAAUCUAUUCACAGGCUUUGUGUGCAGCCUCAGCUAUUAAGGUCCUUUUGUCAGUCUUAUGAUAUGAAGCAACAUUCCACUAAAGUUUUCCGUGAUAUUGUGAAUGCAUUGGGGUCCUUCAUCCAGUCACUAUUUCUUGUACCAAGCACAGGGAGCACAUCAGCAACACCAAACCAAACUGGAAGCAAUGCAUCGGGGAAUACUGGCUCAGCACAGACUAGCCCAGGAGUGCUUGGAAUGGGAGGAGGAGCAACUGUAUUACCUGCUUUUGAAUACAGAGGCACUUGGAUACCUAUCCUGAAUGUAACAGUACAAGGCAGUGCUAAAGCUACCUAUUUGGAAAUGCUGGACAAAGUAGAGCCACCUACGAUCCCUGAAGGCUAUGCCAUGUCAGUGGCAUUUCACUGUUUACUGGAUCUUGUCCGUGGUAUCACUACCAUGAUUGAAGGAGAGUUGGGAGAGGCAGAAACAGUCAGUCAGACCACAUCAGAGACAACUUCAUUACCAUCACAGUCUUCAGAGCAGCAAGACUUGCAGUCUGUAUCUGAUCAAUCAGAGAAAGAACUAGUUAGCAGAGCUGUCUGGGAAGAAAUGGUGAAUGCUUGUUGGUGUGGUCUUCUGGCUGCUUUAUCACUUCUACUUGAUGCAAGCACUGAUGAAGCUGCCACUGAAAAUAUUCUAAAAGCAGAAUUGACUAUGGCUGCACUUUGUGGAAGACUGGGUCUUGUAACAUCAAGAGAUGCCUUUAUCACUGCCAUUUGCAAAGGAUCUUUGCCUCCUCACUAUGCCCUUACUGUAUUAAACAGCACAACUGCAGCUCUGUCCAGCAAAUCAUAUUCCAUUCAAGGACAGAAUGUUCAAAUGAUCAGUCCCUCAAGUGAAUCUCACCAGCAGGUUGUAGCAGUAGGGCAACCCUUAGCUCUUCAGCCACAGGGAACAGUAAUGCUGACUUCAAAAAAUAUCCAGUGUAUGAGGACAUUACUCAACUUAGCUCACUGCCAUGGAGCUGUUCUUGGUACAUCGUGGCAACUUGUCCUGGCUACUCUUCAGCAUCUUGUGUGGAUUCUGGGACUGAAGCCUGGUGUUGGGGGUGCGUUAAAACCUGGAAGAGCUGUAGAAGGGCCCAGCACGGUUCUGACUACAGCAGUUAUGACUGAUCUGCCAGUUAUAUCCAACAUACUUUCAAGGCUUUUUGAAAGCUCACAAUACCUUGACGAUGUGUCUUUACAUCAUUUAAUAAAUGCCCUUUGCUCGUUGUCUCUGGAAGCCAUGGAUAUGGCCUAUGGAAACAAUAAGGAACCAUCACUUUUUGCUGUUGCUAAAUUACUGGAAACAGGACUAGUUAAUAUGCACAGGAUUGAGAUUCUUUGGAGACCUCUGACCGGUCAUCUUCUGGAG